AUGUUGUGCUCGUUUGAGCAAGGCGAUUGUGGCUGGCUUAUUAAUCCGCCGUGGAAUAUUGUCGGUCUCGCAUUGAUUCCCAGUGAUCAAGGAGUUACGAAGCCGAUACGCGCAGAAGGACCAUUUCUAUUGGCGCAAGGCAAGUAUGGAAGUGUGAGCUCAUCUCGUAGUACGAGCCAACGUCUUCAAAAUGCAUCAUCUCUUCAAAUCUUGGCUUUUCGAUUCCAAAAACAUGGAUCGGCACGGCUUCGAGUGCUUCUUGUCAAUGGGAGUUCGGAGCUUCUACUCGAUUCAAUCAAUUCCGAUGAGAUUGUUGGCGAGUGGCGUCGACGAAGUGUGGUGUUGCCGCCAGUGUCGAGCAACUCAAAAAUAGUUUUUGAAUGCUCGAAUGUGCGAACAGCUGGGGAUCUUCUCGGAAUCGAUGACGUCGAAGUAUACACACCAUCGAAUGUCGUUUCCAGUUGGGCGGGGCUUGAUUCAAAUUUGUUCAAUAAAACCGAAUUGAACAACAGAGAGAUUCGUCGAAAGCCAAUUCAGACCACAAAAUUCUGCAAGGCGAUUCGAUGUCCGUUUCGAUCGACUUCAUGUCAAUGGAAGACCUCGAACAUGCAGCUUCUGCCCACAAAAAUAGUCAAUGAAGCAUCUGGUGAAUCCGUUUUAACGUCUCCGACAAUCAGAGCUCCUAGUGGAGCACAUUUGCUAAUUCAACUCUUCGAUAGUCCAAAAUCGAUGACAACAGUUUUCGCGAAAACCAUUGGAAUGACGACGGAGAAGGAAAUCUGGAGAAAGACUGAAGAGCUGGAAACGAAAUCAGCACAAGGCUGGAAUCGAAUUCUAAUUCCAAUCGAGAGUCCGAUGCCUGUUAGCAUUAAAAUCGUCUCAUCAACGGCUGCCGAUGAUUUCGUUGCUUUCGCUUCCGUUGAUCUCGUCGACAAAAAUGGAGAGCCAAUUGAUUGUGAAUCGCUGUCGUCGCCUAUCCAGCCACAGCCGGGAAAUUUAGUUCGUCUCACAGCCCUUCAAAAUCUUAAAAUCUCGCCCCUCGAGAAACUUCUGUAUCAGCCUCCAAUCGGUCAUUCCAAUAUCGCCACGCUGCCGCCAGUGUCGUUCAAUAUCGACGAGCCCCGACACGCUGUUCUUCCAAUAUCGCCCGCGCAAGUGUCGGCUCGCGGAGUUCCCAUUGUUCCGCUUCCAAUGGCACUUCCCAUUUUACAAUUCCAGCCUUCUCAAAGCCCAAUGCGACCCAAAAACCCUUUUUCUUUUCAUUAA